UCGAAAGCGAGGUUAAGUUGUCUUGUUCAUUCUGUGUAUGUGUUUUGGUUUCUCGGUUUGUUUUCGAGUUUCGUUUUGUUAAUAAUUAUCUAUAGAUAAGAAAUAAAAUAAAAAAAUUCCAAAUUGAAAAAAUGUCGAAAUUAGCUGCUAAAAUUCCCGUUCUUAUGGCUGCCGCAAAGCCAAAACUUCGUGAAUUUAAUCGUUUUGCUAAAACGGAAUUAUAUCCACCAACACCAGCUGAUAUACCGGCAAUUAUAAAAGGUUUUUCCAAUCUUAUAAGCGGAACAGUUUCGAUGCGUUGGACACGAUUACCGGUCAAAGAAGCAUGGAUCAAUACAUUGAUCGGUAUUGAAGUUAUGUGCUGGUUUUUUGUCGGUGAAGUCAUUGGAAAACGAAAUCUAAUCGGUUAUGAUGUCUAAACAAUCGAUAUGUUUGAAUGAUAAUAUCAUUAUAGUGAAAAUCAAUAGCCAUCUGUUUUAAAAAUGUAAUUGUAAUCAAAAUUGUAAAUUUUUCUUCAUCAAUUUUGGUUAGACAAAAAAAAAUAAAAAUAAAGAAUUUAUAA